UUAUAGAGAAGAUGAAAAAAGCUAUUAUGUUUGUGAACAAAAUCCAGCUUUAUUGGGUUGUCUUUUUUUUCUUGCUCACAAUUUUCACAACCGUCUUCGGUAUUACUAUAGCCUCACCCAAUAUAAAUAUUCAUCAGAAUGUUAAGGAGAAAACAGGAGAAGAUACGGUGUCUAUAGUUUCAUCAAGAAGGCUUUUUGAAAAGUUGAUUGGGUCAAGUCCUCCGAAUUGCAAAAACAAAUGCCCGCAAUGUCCAACCACCUGCCAUGCUACCCUUGUGUCUGGACCAUAUGGUUCUCGGAUAUGGAGUUGCAAAUGUGCCAACAAUUUAUCUAUCCCAUGAUAAUAUUUAUUUUUUGUUUGUAUGACGUUACUUUCUCAAUUUAAAAUAAAUAAUAAAAUAUAA